AUGCCCUCAAAGAUUGAUGAUUUCAACAUCCUCUGUGUAUCGAAUCACAAAAAGCAUUGCACAGACAGAAUACAGGGAGGAGGGCCGCUAGUUGGUUGGGCACCUCAACAAAAGGUCUUGAGUCAUCCUUCUGUGGCUUGCUUCCUAAGCCACUGUGGUUGGAAUUCUGCCAUUGAGGGCGUUAGCAAUGGUCUUCCAUUCCUUUGCUGGCCUUACUUUGCAGACCAAUUCCUUAACCAGAGCUACAUCUGUGAUGCAUGGAAGCUUGGAGGACGACUCAACCGAGAUGAAAAUGGAAUUGUUGGACGAGAAGAAAUAAAGAAUAAGGUCGAGCUGCUUCUAACUGAUCAAGGAUUGAAAGCAAGGGCGGCCCUGGAUUUAAAAGCAAAGGCGAUGAAUAGUACUGCUACAGAAAGCGGACGCUCUGGAAAGAAUUUCAACAAUUUUGUCAAAGUGGAUUAA